CUUUAUCAAUCUCAUCCACCAAACAAACCACCGUGAGAGUAUUAGUAAGGAAAAAACUAAAAUUUCGAGGACAACCCUAGUAGGGAUCUUGAUCCAUGUUACUCUUUGCCACGUUGUUCAGUAGUAGGUGGGAUCUUAGAAAGAAAAAAAAAAGCUUAACAAGUCCAGUAUUGAAUGAGAAGAAAGAUGGGAUGCGUUAUCAAAGUAUGGGAGUUUGUAAAUAGAAAAAUAAGGAGCUGUUUGAAAAGGAAAAAGGGUAUCGAAAACAGAGACAACAGCAUAGCAGAAAGAUGGGAAGUUUUGAGUGGUAAGAAUAAUUGGGAAGGUUUACUUGACCCUUUGGAUUAUGAUCUCCGCCAAUACCUCAUUCACUAUGGCCAAAUGUGUCAAGCCAUCUACGACUCAUUCAAUAAUGAGAAAGUUUCAAAAUACAGAGGAACAAGUCGAUACUCCAAAAAGAACCUCUUCACAAGAGUGGGGCUCGACAAAAACAAAUAUGAAAUCACCAAAUAUUUCUAUGCAGCUUCAAAUGUGCCAAGUAAAACUGAGAAGAUGAAAGAAUCAAAUUGGAUUGGGUUUGUUGCUGUUGCCACUGAUGAAGGUAAAGUUGCAUUAGGGAGGAGAGACAUUUUGAUUGCUUGGAGAGGGACCAAGACGGUCUCGGAACGCAACGAUGACGAUAACUGGUCCUUGGUCCAACCAACAAAAAUCUUUGGUGAAAAUACGGAUAACAUUCUAGUACAUGGAGGUUUUUAUUCAAUUUAUACUUGUCUUAACGACGCUUCAGAUUUCAACCGAAUAACCAGCGCCAGAGAUCAGGUUCUUGAAGAAGUUAAAAGGUUGUUGAAGCAAUACAGUAAGGAGGAAGUUAGCAUCAGUGUUACAGGCCACAGUUUGGGUUCAUCAUUGGCCACACUUUGCUCAGUUGACAUAGUUGUUAACCAAAUCAACAAGGAGUUUCCAGUGACUGCAUUUUUAUUUGCUAGCCCACGAGUUGGAGAGGCCAAUUUCAAGAAAGCUUAUCAAAAAUUGAAAAAUCUUCAAAUCUUGAGGAUUACCAAUGCCCUUGAUGACAUUCCCAAAAAGCCAGACCGUGGACUGGUCGAAGGUUCUGCAACAGAUUGGAGAGUGUAUGAAGAUGUUGGCAUCGAACUUCCAAUAGAUACUACAAAAUCAGACUACUUGAAGAAAGACAUAUUUUGUCAUAUUCUGGAAGUUUAUCUGCACGGAAUUGCCGGAACACAUGGACCAGAAGGAGAGUUCAAGCUGGAAAUAAACAGAGAUAUCGCAUUGGUGAAUAAGCAAGGGGACUUUUUGAAGGAUGAAUAUGGUGUACCAGCUACAUGGUGGAUCGAGAAGAACAAAGGAAUGGUUCAACAAGAAGAUGGAUCUUGGAUUCUCAUGGAUUAUGAGAUUUAAUUUCUGAACAUCGAGGGGUGUUUGGACUCCAUUAUUCGUUUGCUGAUACUGGAAAUAAACUUCAUCUCUCUCUAAACAAAAUCCCUCCUCCCUAUUUCUCCUUAAGACCUUAUGGUGAAACAUUCUUUCAUCAUCCCCACUGGUCGAUUUUUCUGUGUGCAUCUUGUUAUAGAUUUUAUUGGUAUGCACGUAUCUACAAAUUUUCAACCAUGUAAUUAAUCUUAAGUGUAUAAUUAAUACAUUGGUCAGCGAAUGAAUUUGACUAAUUUUU